CCUGUUGCUGAUCAGAACCGAGGGUCUCGGGCGGGAGCAUGUGCAGGGGCUCAUGUGCCAGCCCGCCAAACCACCGGAGGACGGGAAUCAAGAGUCAGCAACUCGAUGACAGUCUCGAAGACACGGAACGCUCGAUAAGCUCAUCGCCUGGGUCUUGAAAAAGCCACGGCCAGCUGUAGGAGGGCGAGGAUACCGUACAAGAAUUGACGUUCCUUGGUUGGGACUAGUUCAAACCCGACGCGAUGUUACAGAAAGCUGCCGUCAUUGGCAGCGCGUUUGCUGCGCUUGCUCGGACGGUUGGUGCAGCGCAGCCCGGUGCAGCGCAGCCGGUGCCUGCGCCGAUGCGGGAUCUUGUAUGGGGUAAACUCAAUUUUCUACAUACGACAGACACGCAUGGCUGGCAUGCGGGUCAUUUGCAAGAACCUCAGUACUCGGCCGACUGGGGCGACUAUGUCUCCUUCGCCGAGCACAUGCGUGCGAAGGCCGACAGGGACGGCGUCGACCUCCUGCUGGUCGACACGGGCGACCGCGUCGAGGGCAACGGGCUGUAUGAUGCGUCCGAUCCGAAAGGAAAGUACUAUUACGACAUCUACCGGGAGCAGGCUGUCGACCUCAUAUGCACGGGCAACCACGAGCUCUACGUCGCCUCGACUGCCGACCGCGAGCACCAGCGCACCGUGCCCAACUUCAGGCAGAAUUACAUUGCGUCCAAUCUCGACUACGUAGACCCCGAGUCUGGCGAGAGGAUGCCGAUGGCGCAGAGGUAUCGCAAGUUUCAGACCAAGAACCAAAAGCUGGAUGUCGUCGCCUUCGGCUUCCUCUUCGAUUUCACCGGCAACGCCAACAACACGGUCGUCCAGCCGGUCGAGGAGACGGUCCAGGAGCAGUGGUUCCAGGACGCCAUUCGUGAAGAAGCAGAUGUUUUCGUCGUGAUCGGCCAUGUCGGGGUGCACAUGCCCGAGUUCAGGACCAUCUUUAGGGCGAUCCGCAAGCAGAACCCGCUGGCUCCCAUUCUCUUCUUUGGUGGCCAUGUCCAUGUCCGGGAUGCCACCGCUUACGACUCGCGGUCCUUUGCGGUGGCCAGCGGGAGGUACUUUGAGACGAUCGGGUGGAUGUCCGUCGACGGCGAGCUGGAGCGCACGGCGCACUCCGAGGACGCCGAUUUCUCCUUCCACCGCAGGUACAUCGACAACAACCUCGUGGGUCUGCAUUACCACACCGGCCUCAACGAGAGCACCUUCCCCACCGAGCAUGGCCGCAACGUCUCGGCCAUGAUCACCAAGGCUCGUGACGAGCUCAAGCUUGAUCAGACGUUUGGGUGCGCUCCGAAGACCUUGUGGAUGUCUCGAUCGCCUUACCCGGGGAAAGAUAGCAUCUACAGCUGGCUCGAGAACGAGGUUCUCCCAGACGUGGCUGUCAAUUCCAGCAGAGGAGAUGUCCCACGUCUGGUUAUCCUCAACACGGGCGCCAUCCGCUUUGAUAUCUUCAAGGGCCCCUUCACUCGGGACACUACCUACAUCGUCUCGCCGUUCCUCAGCGCUUUUACGUAUAUCCCCAACGUGCCGUAUCGCAUCGCCCGGAAGGUCAUCAAACUGCUGAAUAGCGCGGGCAAGAUCAUGGAGUCGGGCCCGAUGGACAACCGGUUCAUGGCGAUCCCGGAGCAGCUUGUCAUUCAUGAAGACAUCGUCCAUGAAAGCCCCGCGGCUGAUGCGUAUGCGGACGCCUUCGGGCAGAAGCCACUCGGGGGCAGCGCUGAGAAGCGACCUCGUCUGACCGAGGGUUACACCACUAAGGAUGAUAUCGGAAGCGACGGCGACGAUACCGUACAUGCACCCGUCAACUUCUACGUCGUUCCCAACUGCGUUCAGGCAGAGGUGGAAUUCCCGACGGACGGAGAGCCCGAGACGGUAGACCUCGUCUUUCUGGACUUUAUCACCCCGUGGGUGCUGAUGGCUCUGAGACUCCUCGGCGGCGAGUAUAGCCAAAAGGACGUUCAACCCUACAUCGAAGGAACGUUGACCGGAUUGAUGACUGGGUGGAUCGAGAAGAACUGGCCAAAGGACUGCUAGGCUAUGGUAUAUGGGGCGUUAUAUUUUUGGGUUAUCUCCACGAGACAGGUCCCCUGCUUGGUUCGAGGGAAUACGUUCUGGGCGCCGACAUUGGGUUGCGCAUUCCGGGCUGUCUUUGUGAAAUUUCUGACACACUCCUGUUUAACAAAUCGCAUAAUACAUAGACUGGGGGACUGGCGGUUUCAAGCAAUGAGUAGCAGCAUCAUCAUCAUUCUGCCGAGCAAUAAUCGCCUUAGAAAGGGGGUAUUCCGAGAAGACGGGCAUUCCACCCCAAAGAAAGAGCCAUAUAUAAUCCCAGUCGUGACUUUGUUUUCCCCGUUGCGCCUUGAAACGCCAAACCAACGCCUAUUUUUUUUUUUAAAAAAAAAAAAAAAAAACAA